AUGGACUUCGUUCGCAGCAAUACCCGGGGUACGUCUGAGGCUCCCUUGAAGCCGGAUAUGUCCACGAAACAAUCUGUUGUUCCUCCUGAUCUCGCGCCAAACAGCGCUGCCGACUUCUGGUGGAGACUAUGUCAUAUGGCACACGAGGCUGUGGCACCGGUAGAAUUCAGCGUCAACUACGUCAGCACUCGAGAGGAGGGCGUGAUGCGGUUCCAAAUGGAGCCUUUGACUGCCGUCUCGGGGCCACACACCGUGGCGGAUGAUCCAUCCGGGAAGAAAGCGGUCGCCUCGAUGCUUAGUUCAUUCGAGCAAGUUUUAGAUGUUGAUCUUAAGUGGGCGUGGCAACUCCUGGACAAAUUUAUGGUAACGUCGCCCGAUGAGGUUUCACGGCUCCGGGAAGCUGAGAAGACCUCGUUGCCGCCGCCGCUCGACCUGUACCAGCGGACCCCUCAAUUCAACUUCGCCUUCGACCUCAGUCCUGACGGCAAAUCAAUGAAAGCCUACUUCCUCCCCCUUGCGAAGUCCCUGGCCACUGGAAAGAGUGCCCUGGAUCAUUGUCUGGACGCUGUGCGGUCGCUGGAUCCUCAUGGCGAGGGGCUUUCAGCUGUUGCUCACCUUCUGCAUGAGUUCUUGACCGUAUCCUGCCCAGGUCGCAUGUCUUGCGACUAUUUGGGGAUCGACUCGACGGCCCCUGAGAAUUCCCGCGUGAAGCUGUACGUAUCGUCGCAGCAACACAACAGCUUCGACUUUGUCAAGAAUGUCUUCACCCUCGGAGGGCGGGCUAGCGACCAGACAACACUGCGUGGCGUGGAGUUCCUACAGUCAAUCUGGCAUCUCUUGGUCAAUGGUGAGGCCGGAAAGCUUCUCGAUCAUUCAGAUCGGCCUCCAAAACAGUUGCCAUUUUUCCUGGGCUGUCUUUAUUUCAGCUUCGAAUGGCGGACAGGUGAUCGGCUGCCUCUGGUCAAGAUCUAUAUCCCGCAGUGGCAGUACGCCCAGAGUGACCGCAGAAUAGCGGACAACAUAUCAAAUGCGUUGAGGAAACUGGGUCGAAAUAAUGCGGCUGAUGAGUACUUGACCCGCAUCAAGAAGACCUUCCCGAGAGCCGAUUUGGACACCGAUGUAUCUGUUCACAAUCAAGUGUCAUAUGCAUACAAUGAUACCACAGGCGCAUAUCUCACAGUAUAUUACAGUGUCAAUAGCAAAGCUGUUAUCAAGGAUUAG